AUGAUGAUGAUGAUGAUGGUGGUGGUGGUGAUGGGCCUCGUCUUCCUUCUCCUGUUGCUGCUGCUGAUGCAGCAGCAGCAGCAUAUGAUGUUGCUGCUGCUGCUGCUGGUGCUGCUGCUGCUGGUGCUGCUACUGCUGGUGCUGACGAUGAUGAUGCUGCUCCUGGUGCUGAUGCUGGGGCUGCAGCUUCCUUGGGAGCAGCAGCAGCUGCUGCAGCAGGGGCAGCAGCAGCAGCAGCAGCAGCAGCAGCAGCAGCAGGCUGCUGCUGCUCUUGUGAUGCUGCUUCAGAUGAAGAUGCAGCCUCCUUCCUAA